AGCCGAGCUUUUUGAUAAGCAAAUGUGUUACUCACUCGCACAUGGGGUGGUGUUUGCCCAGACGGUCUGCGAGGGCCAUGUGGAAGCGGUGGGGGGCGGUCCGCUAAUAAUAGUCAAAUAUGGGAGCGCAGUAUUUGUUUGGUGUCGAAUAUGGCGUUUUGCAAUUUAAGGUCCUGUAUGUGGCCACUUGGGAACAGUUCUCGCCCGGAGGUCCUACUGCUAGUGUCCCUCGUCGUAAUAUACCAUGGAGAUAUCCCAGCCCAGCAUCGGCAUCUUCUACGUCAGCAAAGUGCUGGCCCUGGCUCCAUAUGCUACUGCUCGGAACUCCAAGGGCCAAGUGGAAAUCGGUCGCAGCUGGCUCUUUACGGUAUACUCGGCCACGUUAACGGUGGUCAUGGGUAAGUUAGGCAGCCACAGGGAAUGAAAUCCUUCUGACCAAGAGCUAUCCACAUCUGCCUAGUUUUUCUCACCUAUCGGGGUCUCUUGUUCGAUGCCAACUCCGAAAUACCAGUGCGGUAGGUACUUCCGACUUGCUGUUGGAACUUUUGUUUCAUUUAUGUGUCCUACUUGUAUGGUCCCAGUCCUGUGCCGUUCCCUUACUAAUCUUUACAUGCUUGUUUACGGGAGGUUUUCAAAUUAGUGACAUUCGAAAUGAAAAUUUCCAUAGAAUCCAUAUCUACAUGAUGUGUUUCUUCAGAUUUGAAUGCUUAGUUUCUAACGUUCUUUUUUGUAAAAAAGGAUAUGAAUUAGUAGCUAGGGAGUGUCACUACUUUGAUCUUAGUUGUGUGUAUACUUUUCUCUAUUUUUCACUAUCUAAUCAUCACCUCUGCUCCCCUUCCAAACACAUUUGAUCUUGACCAAUUAAUUGCUCUGACAAACUGCAAACAAAACCAACCAACAAAUCAAAAGUGCAUCUUUUAGAAUGAAGUCGGCAACGUCGAAGGUGGUGACGGCCCUGGACGUUUCUGUGGUUGUCAUGGCUAUUGUAUCCGGUGUUUACUGUGGUCUUUUUAGCCUUAACGACACUCUCGAGCUCAACGAUCGCCUAAACAAGAUCGAUAGUACUUUAAAUGCCUACAACAACUUUCGAAGAGAUCGAUGGCGAGCCUUGGGAAUGGCUGCCGUCUCCUUGGUGGCCAUUUCCCUUCUGGUCGGCCUUGAUGUUGGGACGUGGAUGCGCAUUGCCCAGGAUAUGAACAUUGCUCAGUCGGAUACGGAGCUCAAUGUGCACUGGUACAUCCCAUUUUACAGUCUCUACUUCAUACUCACGGGCUUGCAAGUAAAUUUUGCCAACACGGCUUACGGACUUGGCAGGCGCUUUGGUCGCCUGAAUCGAAUGCUUUCGAGCAGCUUUCUUGCAGAGAACAACGCAACCAGUGCCAUUAAACCCCAAAAGGUCAGCACCGUCAAGAACAUAAGCUUAAAUCGCCCUUCAAUGCCAUCGGCACUCCAUGCGAGCCUGACAAAGCUGAACGGCGAAACCCAGGCCAGCGAAUCCACAGGUGACAAGGCAGCCGCCCGCAGUCUAAUCCUCAACGUGGAGUUACUCAAAUUGGGAUAUUUUCCAGCCAAAAACAAGGGGUUGCUCCUGAAAUCUCUGGCGGACAGUCACGAGUCGCUGGGAAAAUGUGUCCAUCUCCUGUCCAACUCCUUCGGCAUUGCGGUUCUCUUCAUCCUGGUGUCCUGUCUACUGCAUCUUGUAGCUACGGCCUAUUUCCUCUUUCUGGAACUGCUCAGCAAGCGGGAUAACGGGUACCUGUGGGUGCAGAUGCUCUGGAUUUGCUUUCAUUUCCUGCGAUUGCUCAUGGUGGUGGAGCCGUGCCACUUGGCUGCCCGAGAGUCCCGCAAAACGAUCCAGAUUGUUUGCGAGAUCGAGCGGAAAGUGCACGAGCCUAUCCUUGCGGAGGCGGUUAAGAAGUUUUGGCAGCAGUUACUCGUGGUAGAUGCUGACUUCUCCGCCUGUGGAUUGUGUCGCGUUAACCGCACCAUUCUAACAUCGUUUGCAUCGGCCAUAGCCACCUAUCUCGUAAUUCUCAUUCAGUUUCAACGGACCAAUGGCUAAUGUUUUCAGAUAUACAAAAAGUGGCUUUUUUUAUUAACACUAUUAACUAAACG